GCGUGACGCUCGCAGGCAGGGCAACUGGUGCGCUGUUGUUAGUGGCGGCUUCCCGACCCCACUAUUAUUAGUAUAACACGCUGGCCUCGCUAUUAUUAGCAUAAUAACACGACGGUUCCGCUAUUAGUAAUAUAAUAAACACGCUGGCCCCGCAGCAGCGGGACACGUGCUCACAACACGGAAGUGAAACCAUCUCGUCAACUUCCACUUCUCCACACCCCCCCCCCCCUUAGUCACGGGGCUUCUUAGGCUGACACUCAGCAAACACUCAACGCAUUGCGCGCGUGUGUGUGUGUGGUCUGCCUCUGUCUUGUCUCCGUGUGCUGCCCGUGUACACGUUGAUCGUCGCGGACGCGGUUUUCAAGACACAGCGGAGUUGACGUUCUCGCUCGCUCCCUCCGCUGCCGUGGCUCUCCCCGUGACACCACCGUCAGCCGGCUCCUGCCCGGACGUGCGAAGAGGUCUCGGGGCAAGACGUCGGUUGCCUCCUCGGUGCCACAACUUAUUCUCAAGAUCGUCCUCCAGUCACGAUGACUGCCGCGCUGCUACUUCUGCUGCUGCUGCUAUCCCAGGCGCCGUCCACAAGCGCAGCAGACCAUCAGAUCGACGGCGACGACUACGACGAUGACCAUCACCACCCGGCUCGCUACUCCCGCAUCAGCGCCUUCGUGAGAAGCCGCCACCAUCACCACCACCAUCACCACCACGACGCAGUGGGCGCUGGGGCGAGCUCCCCAAAGCCUCGCGACUCCAAGUUCGAACCCGGAGCGAGUGCGCAACCCUUCGCGUUGCAGACCCUCAACGGCUCGUUCGUGUUCCCCGACGGCCUGCCCGACAACUCGUCCGUGCUGGUGCACGCGUUCACCAACAGCUCGGGUUUCCUCGAGUGCCUGUGGGCGAGCGCGGAGUCCCUGAGGACCCUGGUGGAGGCGCUGCCCCGCAACGUCGUGCUGCUCGUGCUGUCGCUGGACGAGAGCGCGGCGGCUGACGUGGCGUGGCUCCGGGAGCGAGUCGACGCCGCCGUAGCGCACAGCGGGAGGUGGGACCUGCAGGAACGCAUCCACUACGUCCCCGUGCAGGUGUCCAGCCUGGGGAACUGGAUUCCCUCUCUGCUCUACGAGUGGCAGUGCGACGACCACAACUGCGGCCUCGCGCAGGUCGCCUUCCACUGCACAGGGUGGAAGCUGCCACUGGUAGUGAAGCGUUUGGACGCACGCUACGACUGGCUUACGGGCUCGUGGGCGGACCAGCCACUGAGCCUGGUGGACGGCGGGGACGGGUGCAGCCGCCGUCGGAACGGGCGGGACGACGGGCUGGCGGGCUCCGUGGCGUGGGUGUCCGUGGCCGGCAAGUGCUCCUACUUCACGAAGGUGCAUAACAUGAUGGCGUCAGGGGCAGCCGGCGUGCUGGUCCACGCCGAGCCCGGGGCCAGCCUGCAGGACAUGAACUGCGUCGGGCGGGAGUGCGACACGAUCAUCGACAUUCCCGCCACCAUGGUGCACGACAACCCCGACGUCACGGCCCAGAUGAGAGCCGGGGUCACGGUGAACGUCACCUUCCAGCACACUCCGUCGCCCACCUUCUUUUUUGCCAUCGACCCGCAAGGCCGGCUGGCUGAGACCGGCUGGUUCCUGUACCCGAGUUUCAACUUCCUGGCGUGGCAAGCCCAGUGGUUCAACUACCUGGGUGGGCUUUACAUGCGACUGGCCGACAGAGCGAGCGUGGUCAGCGUGCUGGACAACGCGGUCAUGCAGGGCGAAGACGGGGCGGCCGCCACAGUGCUGCUGCCUCCCGACCUGCUUGCGUACAACGUGCUGGAGCUGGAGCUGGCGCUGUCGUGCCCGGGCGACCGGGACGAGGCCUGCGCCCCUUGGGACCACACGGUGCACCUCAGCGUCUGCUGCUCUCCCGCCGGGGAGCUGUGCUCCACGGAGCUGGGGAGGUGGAUCACUCCGUUCCGGAGGCGUGUGGGCCACUGGCUGACGGACGUGUCGCCCCUCCUGCCCUUGCUCGACGCUCGCACCUGCAACCUCACGCUGAGGACGGUGCCCUGGGCCAAGCCCUGGAGGCCGACGCUCAACCUGCGCUUCUCUCGCCGGACGCAGCUCCCCGAUGGAGCAUUGUUCCCCGUCAAGGUGAAACCUCUCUUCACUGGAGGCACCUUCAACAGCAGCUACAACAAGAAAUAUUUGCCGGUGCUGUUCAGCAUCCCUCCAGCCACCGUCAAGGUGGAGCUCUACGCCGUUAUAACGGGGCACGGCAGCGACGAGCAUGGCUGCGGAGAGUUCUGCGUGACGUCCCACCACUUUGUCGUCAACAGGAGGUUCACCAACUCCAUAACGUUCAACAACGCAGGAACGCCGCUGGGGUGUGCGGAGCGCGUGACGACCGGCGUGGUUCCCAACGAGCACGGCACCUGGCUGUACGGAAGGAACGGUUGGUGCGACGGGCAGGAGGUCGAGCCGUGGAGGGUGGACAUCACCUCGCAGGUGGAACGCGCGGCAAGCAACACCGUCGCUUACUACGGCUGGUUCAACGGUAGCGACCCCAACCCGAAGCAAAAUCCCGGCGAAAUCACCAUGUCCUCGUUCCUGGUGUUCUACAGCGAGCGAAAGCGCUGAGCCCCGGCGACGGCCGCGGCACCGACGGCGCGCCGCCGCCGCCGCCGCCGACCGCGAACUCUCAACGCGGAGCGACCGCGAGUGAGCUACAUCUUUCGGGAGCGGCCGUGCCGCACACGCGCGUGCGCUCGCUCGCGCCUCCAGUGUCCAUCGAGCGUCUCCUACGUCCGUUUUUUUUUUAUGAAAGAGUUAGCUCUGUCCCCUCUGGCUGUCCGCCGUGAUAAUGGGGGGGGGGGGGGGGGGUUGGCCGUGAUGUCGCUCGUAGAGACGAUCCAAGAUGGAUGAAACUGUGGUGUAAAGAUGUGUUGCUGUGAGGGACUCGCUCCGUUGGCAACCGCACCGAAUUCAUCGAGGCAUUGCCCAAAACUUGCAGACGCGAAUGAGAGUAUCAAAGCACUGUUGGUUCAAUCUGCAGACCUCUUUUGAGCCCCGACAGCCGCCUCGACAGCACCAGUGCUGCCGAGUGAAAUACCCUCGAAUUCAAGCGCACGCUGGAAAGUAGUGUUAGUUUAUAACCACGCUUGGUAAGUGAUUUGUCCCUCGAGUGUUCCGGAUGUGUUUGGUAUGCAGUGCCGACCGGCGCUGCUCGUACCUGCGGUGAGGUGCGGCAGUUGAUUCGAAUAUCUCACCGUUGUGAAAUGUUGGGGUUUUAUUUUGAAGAUGAUCAUCGCCUUUACCCUGCGGUAUCAUCGCCGCGAGUGAAUCGAAGGGAAUCUUUCUCCUCAACAGGUUCGUUAUUACUUCGAAGUUUAUUGACUAAUCCCGCGCAUGAUACAUUUUCCGAUCGCUCUUUCUGUCGUACGUAUGGGCACGUUUCAUAACUUGAAAUGGUGCAGGGUAAUAAAAUGAAGUCGUUAAAAAAUACUACGCAAAGUUGCUGCACUCCCUUGCAUUAGUUCGCAGCAUUUUUCCAUUUAAAGCUUUCGUGACUGCAGGGAUUCAUAUUCUUGGUUCUUUCGGUAAAGUCAUGCAGAAGGGAUAUAACAAAAUAAUAAAAAUA